UCGGCUCAGGGACUUUCCAGGACUGUGUGUGUGGCUGCCAUACAAAACUGAAGGGGAAUGGCCAUCUCUGCCUGCCUGCUGUGUUCUUCACUUGAAAACGUCGCAGCGGGCCAGAUUAUUAGGUGAAGACCAUGAAGCCCUUCAAAUAGCAGCCUAGCGUGUUUUCUCAGCCAAACUCAGAGCAUCCCCCACAACGAAGGCACUGAGCAUUGCACCUCUCCCAUAGUCUGGUGGGAUCCCUGGGCUCGGGUGGGGAACAUCAGCGGUGCAGAGCCCUCCCUCUGACCACCAUGAAGCCCACAGCUCACAGCCAGCAGGAAGCAUCUACCCCUUCCAGCACGGAGACAGCAGAAGACCUUGCCUACAAGUUAAAUGUUGCUGUGAGGGACAGAAAUAGAAAAAGUGUGCUGGAGCUGCUGGAGAGAGGGGCAGAUGUGAACUCCAAAGCAGAAGCUGGCUGGACGCCGUUGCAGAGUGCUGUGCAAGCUGAUGAUGAGGACCUGGUCCAACUUCUGCUGGACAAGGGUGCCUGUCCACAUGCCAGGAAGGACAAUGGUGGCACUGCAUUUACUGAAGCAGCGAUAGUGGGAAACGUGAAUAUACUGGAGCUUCUCCUUAACCGUGGAUUAAAUAUUAAUGACCAUGACGACAACGGCUUCACAGCUUUCAUGGAGGCUGCAUGGUAUGGGAAGGAGGAAGCCUUAAAAUUCCUGUAUAGCAAAGGAGCAAAUGUGAAUUUGAAGAGGACAGCUAGUGAGGAGAAAGCAAAACUCCAUAAAGGAGGUGCGACAGCACUGAUGGAUGCUUGUAGGGAGGGCCACCUCUCGGUUGUAAAAACUCUUGUCCAAGAGAUGGGGGCUGAGGUGAACACUUGUGACAACCGAGAUAGGAAUGCCUUGAUCCAUGCCCUCAAGAAGGGCUGUGAGAAGGAAAGGUAUGAGUCAGCUGUCGCCAUCGCCCAUUUCCUGCUGGACUGUGGUGUUGAUGUGAAGAGCAAAGAUGAAUGUGGGAAAACUGCCCUCAUCCUAGCUGUUGAAAUGCAAAGCGCAGAUUUGGUGAAAGCGUUAUUGGAGAAGGGUGAAAUAGAUAUUGAUGAUGCAGAUGAGGACGGCAACACAGCACUGAUGGUGGCUGUAGAGAAAAACAAUUACAAUAUAGCAAAGUUGUUGUGUGAAAAAGGAGCGAGGACUGAUGUUGGGAAACUUAUCGCUGUUGCAAAUAGGAAACGUGCUCAUAACAUGGCAUGUCUUCUUCGCCAGUAUAAUGCCAAGUUUGUUCCAGAAAUCCUUGAAGACUGGGAGCCAAACAGCAAAUGCUGGAGGGACCAGCUGAAAAAUCUUUAUAAAAUAUAUCGCCCUAUGAUUGGCAAAUUGAAGAUAUUUCAGUACAUCGAGCAGAGAAUUCGGAACACUUCCCAGGGUGGCAUCUACCUGGGGCUCUACGGUGGGACAGAGGUAGCAGUAAGAAUAACCUGCAGUACAGAGUGUGAUGAAGAGAAAAGGUUCUUUGAACAGUGUGGCAACUGUGAACAUCUACUGAAGCUCUUUCAGUUUGAGAAGGCAAGAGGCUACACGUACUUGUGCUUCCCGCUCUGGGAGAAAAACCUUGAAGAACACCUGCAGGAUCUGGAAGACCAAAUGGAUUACAAAGAUGCUCUGAGGAUGAUAUUCCAGGCAGUGAGAGAGCUGCACUCCCUCGGAUUUGCUUAUCAGGAUCUGCAUCCCAGCAACUUUGUCAUAGAUUUAGGUGGCAAAAUUUACUUCGCGGACUUUGAUAAUAAAAGGAAGUUGAUUGAAGGUGAAAAACAACUCAUAAACUCAGAUUUAGAGGCCCUCAGCAGGCUCAUGCUGUAUGUUUUAGCACAAGGUAAGAAACCCCUUCAGCAAGUCAGUGUCGAGGAUUUGGCUGUUGAUUCCCCAGAUUACAACGAGGCUCUGGACCUUGUAAGGAGCCUGGUCUCUCAUGAUGAACGAGGCUUGGAAGGUUUGAGCAAACACCCGUAUUUUUGGAGCAAACAGACCAGGUUCAAGUUCCUGAAGAGUAUAUGGAAUAAAAUCAAAGUUUUCCGUGAUGAAAAAGCUGUCUUUCAAGAUCCUAAUGCUACUGAAAGUUCUCCUUAUCCAUGGUGGACCAAGAUGAUUGACAAAAUGGUUCUGGAUGUUAUGCAAAGAUUUAGUAAAGCGAAACCAUAUAGCAAUGACAUCACUGACCUACUGAGGCUCAUCAGAAACCUGGAUGAACACCCAAAGAGCAGUAUCAGCAAGAAAAUAGGAGACUAUACUGAGUAUUUCUUGAAUCUUUUUCCAGCACUUACCAUUUACGUCUACAACAGUUUACGUCAGAAUCCCAAAUACAGUCAUUUUGCAGACAUUCAGGACCUUUCCCUGUAGGAUGCCAUUGCCUCCUGUCCCAUCAUCUGAUCCCACCAUCACUGCCUCCUUUUAUUUGCUAUUGCUUCUGCAAAAGAGUUGAAGAAAGUGGGUAAGGAGAUGGGAGAGAGCAUGUGCAGGGACAGAGCAUGGAGGACUGACUUAGCCUAAGAAAUUAAAGAUGCUUCAGAAGUGUUUGGUGUAACAACCGUGGGCUUUGGAGAGGAACCAAGUUGAGUGCUUGCUAGCCCAGGUUCCCCUUGACUACCUCUGUCCCUCUGAGUUUACCUGCCUCUGUGAGCUGGAGAUCAAGGCCCUGAUCCUCAUGGAGAGCAGGGAGAUGUGUGACAGCCCCCCAUAAACCCAACGCAUCUGGGAGGCAGGAGAAGAGCUUGAGGCAUUGCCAGACAACGUGGGACUCUCUGAUAAAGGAAAAGGAGUUUAAAUUCCUUGCUAGGGCAAGUAUUUCCUACAGCUUGCACUGAUGAGCUGCUCAUCUACCCCUAGAAAGACAAGGAUUUUCUCUUUUCAGUCUUUUUGAAAUACAGCAUCCAGAAAGUGAGAUGGCUAGGCAAUGGUCUGGCUGCAGAGUUGCCCUUGGCCUGUUAUCCCUCUGAUCUGGUAGAGGCACACUCAGGCCAGCCUGCUGGGACCUGAAGGACUUCUUUUGGGGGACGCAGGAGAUGUUUCCACAAGGAACGGACGUCAGGAGCCCAAUCCCACAAAACUCUGAGUAGUCCUGACUCACCUGAAAAAGGUCACUGACAUCAGAGGGACAGCAGGGACCAGUUCUUCCUGGAAAGGACAAGCCCUGCAGUGGCAAGCUGUGUCUGCAGGGCAGGGCUAAGCACGUCUCCAAAACGGUGCCACUGUUGGUGUUUCGCUGUCCUCCUGCCAGGCUUGGCUCCCUUGCACCAAGCUGGUGCCCGUACAGCUGUAGCAUUCAGCCAGCUCAGAGCUUUGAUAUGGCAGGCCGGGUGGCACAAACCCAUUUCUGAAAUCCUACGGCAUGCAACGUGUGUCUGAUUGUCUAAGGGCUUGCUUGUUUCUCGGCUGAUGCUCUGAUUUGCACCAUGAUUAUAUGUUGCUUAUGAAAAUAUUUUGCAGCUGUUGAAAUGAUUUUUAAUUUUUUUUAAACUGAGAUCAUUACUCUUUCAAUUAGCCUAUGGAGAACCAAACUUGGAAUAAACUUGCUUGGAAAACCGA